UGUUAGGAAUUUAGUAUUGCAAGUCUUAAUAUUUAUGCUUACAAAUAAAGUAUUUAUUUGUUUUCAGCUAUUUUAAAUUAUAUUAUUCUAAUCAUACUUAGGCAGUAAUAUAUAAUCUAAAUUCAUCAAUUGACAACUCAAUUUCUAAUUAUAAUUCAAUAAUCAUCCUCAUCUGAUCAGACUGAUUUAACUGAUUAUUUUGAUUUUGCCUUUUGGUUUCACUUCAUGCCAUUUUGUUCACUAUUCUAUCAAGUAAACUGUGCAACUUACUAAUGUUGUACAAUAUUAUUAAUUCAAUCAUUAUUUUAACGAAGUGAUUAUUCACAGAGCUGUGCUGAUAACGCUCGCCGUUAUUCACAGAUUUCGGUCUGCCGAUAACGCUCAACAUUAUUCGCAGAAUGUGAUAAAUUAAAUUAUGAAUAUAAAAUACAAAGUUCAAAUGUAAACAUCUCCUCGGUAGUGUAGUGGUCAGUAUCUCCGACCGUCACCCAGCAGACAUAGGUUCGAUUCCCCGUCGGGGAAGCCUCAUUUUUAUAAAUAAAAUGUAAAAAAAAAUAUUUUAUGGUUAUUUCGUAGUGUUAUAUUAUAAUAAUAUUCUUCAUAUAGCUUUCUUAUUCUGUUCACAUAGUUUUAUUACUAUUUUCAUAUAGUUUUGUUACAAGUUUCAAUCUGUUUUGUUAGAAUGUUCAUUCAAGUUUCGUUAAAAAACUGUAAACUUAAAACUCAUCUGUUUAGGUCCGCCUAUGACCUGUGAUGCACCCUCCUUGCCCUGCAUCAUUUUCUGUUUCGGGUUGAUCCUGAAGUAUAGGCCAAAACGUGUCAAAGUCAAAGUGUCCUCGUUUUAUAGCCAUUUUCAUUGUUUCUAUAGUAUAGUAGCUACUAUCCUAGUGUCUCAUUUUUAUUUUACUUAGUUUACAUGUUUUUAAUAAUUGUAAAGUGCUUAGAGCUUUAUGGUAAGCGCUAUAUAAAAAUGCCUAAAUAAAUAAAUAAACAACAUGGACACGCAGAUAAGCCGCAUAAACCAUGUUUAAGUCAGACUUUUAGCUCUUUUGAGUGUUAAAUUUUCUUUGUAUAAUUCCACUCAUAGACUUUAACAUCCAUUUGUUUUUUCUCUAAUAAACAAAUAAUUAUUAAUAACUUACUUAUUCAAAUAUUUUAGAUCUCAGAGUUGUGUAUUAAUGUUUAGCUGAAAAAUAUGUCACGUUUUAUUUGUUUCAUUUUAUUUUCUAAUAAGGAUCAUAAUAAGUAGGGACACAAUAUGCCGCUCCAGAAAUAGUUGAAAUAACACUUAGUGAUGACAAUGAAAUGAACAUACCGGUACCGUACUUAAAACAUAUCAAUAUCAUUGACAUCAACAAUUUUAGCUCUUGUUAAAAAAAUUGAAAAAUUGAUAAUUGAAACAAAAAGCCAUACUGCCACUGUUGUAACUAUGGGUCUAAAUACAAAAAAAGCAUACAAAAAUUAAUUGGAACCUUGCUGGUCGUAGGAUGCAUUGCGAGUCUUGGGGAAGUAAAGUUCCCUUGGGGCAAUUGAAGCAGCGUUUACAAGUUUGAGUGUAUGGCCAGCGCAAUAACCAGCCAGCUUUACUUUUCCCCAGCUAAGGCCAGAGCUGGGUAGACUUAGGGACACCCUCCUUAAACAGGAUUAGAUUCUGUUAUUAUCGAUGUAGGGCCUAUAUGCCCCUCCCCGUCUCUCACAUGGCCGCCUGAUGGAGACACCUCUCUGCAUCAUAACACUGUUGCACGGCAUGUCAACUAUUUCUGACAGAACAUUUCUGGACUACGUGAUAUAUCAUAGUGCUUUAAAAAAACUAAACGAUAUCCUAUCAAGCUUUAACAUCAUUUAAAGACAUCUCUACAAUGGGUGAAAGUGAGUCUACAUGAAGAAUACCGGUACCAUUUUUAUUACUGGUAUAACAUUUAAUAUGAAAUACCAGAAAAUUAGCUAUGUCUAGGAGUAGGAGGUUUGACUGGAUCUAUUAGUAACACUCUAUAGGUCGAAUAUGUUGGCCCCUAACAGAGCAGAUGUAGGCACAAUUAAUUGUCCUAUAUCUAAUAUAUAGGCUAUAGUUAGGCCUAUUAAAUUUUUUAAAUUUAACUUGUGCAUACCGGUAGCUUCGGUUUUGAGAUGUGUUUGUGCCAUACUCAUUAACGAUCGAUCUAUCCUACUCCUACACUACUUAAAACUACACCCCUACCCCGGCUUGGAAUGUGAUCUUAAUUAUUUCUAGAAAUGUGCGUAAUUAUGGGAACAUUUCUGUCUAACAAUAACGCUCCGCAUUAUUCGCAGAUUUUGGUCUGCCGAUAACGCUUGGCGUUAUUCGCAGAUCUCGGUCUGCCGAUAACGCUCAACAUUAUUCACAGAGCUGUGUGGAUAACUCUUCCCUUGUUUUAAUAUAAUUAGCUUUUAGUUAAAUUUGGAGAGAUAGCACCACGUUUGGUAAAUGCAAAGAGAUAUCACCGCCCGUGGUGGCCAUCUUGGUUGACAAGACCAGUUAAUUCUGUCACUAAAUCUAAGUAAAUGUAUCCUUAAACCUAACCUGAACCCUAAAAUGUAUCCCUCAACCUCACCUGAACCCUAAAAUUAUAAAAUGUAUCGCUAAACCUAACCUGAACCCUAAAUGUAUCCCUAAACAUAACCUGAACCCUAAAUGAAAAUGUAUCCCUAACCUGAACCCUAAUUCACGGCAACUUUAAUAAACAUGCAAAUGGUGUCAUGGUGAAUGUAGGUCUACAUUUCUCACAAUGUGAAUGGGCGGAGUCAGACCUUAAUUAUGGGCCAAAAGGACUCUUGAUUUAUUCAAAUUACAUGCACAUAAAAAAACUCUGAAUCCAUUUCCGAUACAAACUCUCAAGGCGUGACCCUUGCUUUACCGAAGUACCUACCUAUGCUUAUAAAUUUUUCAUGAAUCUGUAAGUGAUAAAAUAGAUUUUUUUAUCUUUUUAAAAUAUUUUAUUAGGCCUUUUCGUAUAUAAUAUAGGCAGUAAAAGUGUAUUUAGUAGCAUGGGUUUUGCCAAGAAUUGCUCACCCUAACUUCAGUGAUGUCAAUUUGGGUGUAUAGACUCGACCAACAGUUGAUCCUGAAUGAUGUUGUAUUUUUUAUGAUAACUUUCGUUUUUUUCACUGAGCAUUAUAAUUAUUCGCGUCAUGAACUUAAUCUAGCAAUCAAAUAUGUAAUAUAUUAAAAUGAAAAUAUUCACUAGUUUUAUUGAAAUUCAACUUACAAGGUACAAAAUAAAUUUUCAAAUAAGAAACUUUCCGAUAUCACAAGAUGAACACUUGAAAAAGGAUGUUCGCAUUGUUAAAAGUCCUGUCUUUUGAUUGGUUAAUAAAAGUCUAGUAUGCUCUUCUGAACUAUUCAUUCUUAUCCUGCUUAGUACAUGAACAUAUUUCCCCAAAUAGACAAUAUUUAAAAUGAAAAGAAUAAAAAACUUUUAUCUUAUUAAAUAAAUACUGAGCUAAAAAUCAAAAUCUUUUUAAUGUGGAACUAUGGCAGUUAGAUAAACUGGGAUCCAUGAGCUAUAUACUGUGGACAACAUUGCAGGCCCUUUUGCUAACUGCAUUUUAGUACCUAUAAUAUAUAGGCCUACUUAAAAAUAUUUUUUAAAUAAAUAGGCUGCAACAAUGGCUUCUGAUGACAGGCGACAUCUAAUGGAGGAAAAAACAUAUGCAGUGUUUACCUCUGCUUCCAUUAAUGCCAUAGCAGAGUCAGCACGCAUGUCUCCUAUACCUCAUGACGCUGCCGUCUCCCUCGGAGAAGAUGCCAGUUAUCGUGUUCGGCAGGUCAUUAUGGUAAGUAUUUAACAAAGAUUUUCAAAGCUUGUCUUAAUUCACUACAACUAUUAUUAUUUAUUCCCCUUAUUAUUAUUUUCUGUGGUUUUUUUUUUGUGCAGCCCUAGAAUUUAUAUUUAGUAACACUUAUUAAGCUAUCUUGUACCUGAACAGAAUAAAACGAUUUAUACUUAAUGAUGUGCUCAAUAUUAUUUGUUUAGCUUUUCAUAGGUUGUUUUUCACAAUGUUCUGUCUUGCUUUUUUCAUCAAAAUCGACCAUCAACUGUGCCUCGGGCCAGUUUUUUUAACUGUCUUAAAUUUUAUAUGCUUCCUGAUUCAAUAAGAAAAUCGCGUGGCUAAAGAUUAAGAGCCAAGUAUUUAUUUUAUUUAAAAUUUAUUUAUAUAUUUUUCUGUUGUUUUUAAUAAAUGGCUGCUGUCUAAAGAAAAGAUAGAUCAACUCAGCCAUCCCAAGGGGGUUAAGCUUUACAGCAUUGCCAUUCUCACAGGUUUACUAAAUGACUAAACUUCAGUGUUGGUCUUAGUGUCACAAUUUUUCUUUACAGCUUGCAACUCAAUAUCUGAAACAUUCAAAAAGACGCAGACUCGGCACUGAUGAUUUCAACAGAGCUGCUAAAGAAUUGAACAUCAUGGUUGGUUUAUUAUUAAUUAUCCCUUGUCGAAUUAAUUUUUUAAAAUGUUUUUUUUUAUCUUUCAAGUCUCAUAUUAACCCAUUAAAAAUGAAAGAAAGAGGGGAAAAAAUGUAUGACAGUUUUACAAUUUAUGCAUCAGAUUUAUAUUUACUAUAGUUAAUUUACCACAAAUUCAAAUGAGUAAAUAUAAUUAAUUUCAAUAAGCAUUCAAUGUAUACGUUGAUGCAGAGCUGUCUUACGAAUAAAGAUAUAUUAUUAGCUAAUUUCUUAUGUAGGUUUAUACAUUUAUGCGAGGACAUUUAAUUAAUAUGCUUAGCCAUAAAAAUUGGUUUAUGUUUUUGUUUCAGCCUGUUCAUGGUCACGGAUCUCAGGAUCCACUAACAUUUAGGCACAUUAAAGAUACAGAUAUGCACUGUGUAGAAGACCCGGAAAUAAACCUUGUAGAUAUUGCUCUAGGCAGUUACGUACCUAAGCAAAUUGGAUUGCCAUCAAUUAAAGGUAAUUUUACGUUGAGAUGGUUGUAUUUUAUUUCUUUUUUUAUCGGUAGGUAAACUUAAGAUGGAGAAAUUUUAACCAAGGUACCUGUUUUUCAGCUCAUUGGCUGGCUGUGGAAGGUGUCAUUAAGAUCUCACAAGGGGGCAAUCCAAGUUCUCAAGGUUUGUCACUUCUUAUCUUAAUUAAUUAUAAGAGUUUUGGACUGCGAUAAAGCUUUCACCUAGAUGAAUGAGACACAAACAAAUUUUGUAAAUAAAACAAUAUAGGUCAAGCUAUAAUAAUGGUUACACUUACACAGAAUAAAAAUAAAAAAAGUUUCAGCAAAUGCCUCCAUUAGUAUAUAUAUUUAUAUCAUUAUUAUAUUUAUUUUUAUACCAGUUUUUUUCUGUUGUUUUGUUCGCUGACGAGAGCUUUCUGCCGACACGUUCGUUGUUUUGUUGCGUUCCUUUUUUCAGGAUUAACCCUACUUUGUUUUACUCAUUAUAUAUAUAUAUAUAUGUAUGUGUGUGUGUGUAUGUCAGUAUGUAUGUAUGUAUCCUACCUAAGAAUGGACAUAAGUAUGUUUGUUACCUUGUGACAUUGCACUGAGACAGUAUUUAAUGUACUGUUCAUUUGUGUACAAAUUUAUCAACAUUCCCCUUCCCCCCAGAAACACCUACCUUUUGUUUUGCAUAUUCCUGUUUUUCCCUUGAUUUUAUAAACUAUUCACUGCAUGCUCAGCCUAAAAACAUUUAAGUUCAAGAAUUUAUGUUAAAUACAGAGUUAUAAUGGUUAUUUUUAAAAAAUCAUGAUGCUCUCUACACACUGAACAAUAUUAUACUGAACACUAGUAACAUUGAAAGUGAUGACUAUAAUUCAUAGUCAUGAUUUUAACAAAAACCAUGAAAAUAUCAUUUACUUUAAACAUUAAUUUUCUCUACAAUUAUCCAUUUGGUCUGUGAUAAAGUUAGUUUUAACACAAUAAUUUUUAUUAAAUUAGAGCAUGUGAUAAAGUCAGUUUGAAAAUGAAAAUUUAAAUAUCUUUAAAAUUAUAGCAUUUUCUAGGCUCAUUCUCAAAGUAUCUAAAUUCCUUUUAGAAAUUUUUGUCCCCAAGUAUGUCAAGGCCUCCUAGCUACCUAUUUUCAUUUGUUGGCAUCCACCACCUGCCCCGCCCCUCCUUUUUUUUUACCUAAACCAGUGACCAGAAGAUAUGAAGGUUAAACAAUGUGGUGCUGUCGUUUGGGUUGGAUCAUUCUGCAAAGGGCAUUCUGUGACAAGCAACUUUAAAUUCCAGGCUGUGCUCUGGUCAUUUUUAUGACUUCUUCAUUCUAUAUUUGAAGACUGAAGCUAAACCCCAUUAUCUUUCCAAGAUAUUGUUGGAAUACAUUUAAUGAUUGGGCUGUUUUCCUUGUCAUUUACAAUGUUUCAGGGGCAUACAUGGGAAUAUAAAGUAAUAUCCAUUUUUAAAUUAUUUUAUUUUAGGAAAAUGUGGUCGUGAAAUGUCAACGGUUCAUUUAAAAUAUUACAACUGCAUGACCAAAGCCUUGCUAAGUGCCAGUUCUGAUGUUAAAAAGGUAAAAAAAAAAAAUCCUGGAGAUAUCUGUUGUUUCAGUAUAAUUUAAAAAGAUAACGGAUUUUUCAGUUGAAUUUUACAUUUUAGUGAUGAAAACAUUGUAUUAUUUCCUCUUAAGAUAUAAAAAAAAAUAGUAUAAAUAAUUUGCAAUGUUUUAAAAGGUACAGAAUUAUAAAGCACUUAAAUUUAAUGGCCUGGUCACAUCUCUCUCUCUCUCUCUCUCUCUCUCUCUCUCUCUCUCUCUCUCUCUCUCUCUCUCUCUCUUUAUAUAUAUAUAUAUAUAUAUAUUUAUAUAUAUAUUUUUUUUUACAUUAAUGACUGUUCAUACUUUUAUUUUUAGAAAGCUCUUCAAGAUCUGAAGACUAAUCCCAAUCUUGUGCCAGUUUUACCAUACUUGGUUAAUUUUGUGAUCAAUGGGGUGAGUGUGACAUUCACAUGAUAGCAUACUUGGUUAGUUUUUUUUAUCAACUGGAGAGUGCGAUUGAUGAGGAUUGCAGCUGCUUCAAACAUUAAAAUGAGAAUGCCUACCAUAUCUGUUGUAAAAGAUCAUAUUCUUAUUUCUUUAAGUGACUUUAAUUAUUGUUCUAAAAUACAUUUUUGCUUGUGUUCUUGCAAUAGAUAUGAACACACUGACAUAUGUGAUUUUAAAGGCACAAAAAUCUAUCUAAUGAAAGGAAUAUAACCUUUGUGUUCAGCAUAAACUUAUAAACUACCAUAAGAAGCUACAUUAGCUUCAUUAUCCACUGUGUCCUUGUUACCAUAAGUGCUAAGCUACUUGAGUUUUUUUUAAUUUGAAUUAUUUAGUGUAAAUAUUUAAUUCUACUUAAUCAAAUCCAUUUCUGAUCAUUGUAGAAAGACGGCAUUCUCAGAUUUUAAAAGAACAAUUAAAUUUUAAAAUCAAAUUUUUUUAAUUGCAAAAAAUAUAUUUCAGAUUUAAGUGCUUUUUUAAUAAUUUGUUAAGUACUCUUUCAUAAGACUAUGACAAGAAAACUAAAUGCACUAGAACCAGGCAGAUGCAUGGCUAGGCUUAGUGCUGCACUUGGUGGGGAAAGACAUUUACACGCCCAAACCGCCAUAAAAAAACCUGGCAUUGACCAAAACUGCCCCUCCAUGUAAAGAAAAAACCUGCCCCGCCCCUCCUUUUUUUUUUUUUACCUAAACCAGUGACCAGAAGAUAUCACUUCACUGUAAUUUAUAAUUUAACAUACAAUGCAUUUUUCCCAACAUUCAUAUGAUAUCUUUUGAUCAUAAAAAGCUACAUUUAUUUUAUUUGAGUUCAUAUGAAAGUAUAUUAAUUAAAAUUACAUUAAAUUCAGUUUCGAAUUGAAAAGCUUAGCAUCUACAUUAGUGCCACUAAUUCAACAAACUUUAGUAGAAGUAAGUGAACUUUUGUUGCAGCUUCUUUUUUGUGUUUUUUUUGGUUGUUGUUCAGAUCAAGAACAUGAGUCAUGACAUUGGACUUUUGACAACUUUGUUAAACACAGUCAGGGCUUUGCUACAUAACAGAUCAUUGUAUCUUAUGCACAAGCCUUAUGUGAGUCAGUCCAUGAAUUGUUGUUUUAUUUCUUAAUAUUUAAAUUUAAAUAAUCAACAACAAAAAAUUGGGAUUAAUUAUUUAUUGCGGCCUAUACUCAUCUGAUUAGAUAAUAACAUUCCUAGAGGUAACAGUUAAGGUUUUAUAUAAAGGUUUAUUUUCAAAUUGAUGGGAAUGAACGAAACAAAGUAUGGGAGAACCUGUAAAAAGGAACGCAAUAAAAAAAAUGAAUGUAUCGGCAAGCAGCUUUCUUCAGCAAACAAACAGCAUUAAAAACAAUAUAAAAUAAAAAUAAACACUUAGCUUCAUUGUGUUAUCCGAGAGGAUAGCCAGAGGAAUUUGUUUCGCUCAUUUCCUUUUACUUAAUCUGAUUGCAGUCUCUCCCCCUUACUACCAUUGACCAUUGUAAAAAGUAAUUGCUAUUUUAAUUAUAAAAUGUGAUGGUAUCGUUAAAUGUCUCCUUCUUUUCUAAACAUCAUUACAGUUGGGGGGUUCAUCAAGUUAACCAGUAUUAAUUAUCCUGAUUUGUCUUCUCAGCUGUCGACAAUAGUCCAAGGUGUUGAGUUUUGUGUUCUGGAACCACUUGCAGCUUCUAUUAACUCUGUCAAUGACCACUGGGUAUUGAGAGAUUAUGCAGCCAGACUUCUGGCAGAAAUCGUCAAGUAAGUUUUUCAUUAGGGUUUAGAACGGUUUGUGGACAUUGAUUGUUGUCUAGGUUAUUGUUGUUUUUUUUUAAUGAAUUAGUUAUCAACAAGUCAUAGUAGAAAUUAUUCACAAUCUAUCUUGGCUGCUUUAGUGUAAUCUAUGGAAACUUUGUGAUGACACUUAAAUAUUACUACUUUGUGUGUAAAGGGAUCAUGACAAGGUAAUGCCUGUCUCCUUCCUUCCCAUUUCAAUAUGUACUUUUCUUCUGCUAUAAUUUGAGGGCCCAGGACCAUUCUGACUCUUAUGUAUAUAGAGGGGGCUCGCAAUGUUACUGUGCAUGGCAUGAAGAGGAUACUUCACUGGUUGCAAGGGCUACUCAGCGAGGGUAUCAGGAACCGGGGGUUGGAAGGCCUGAGGCAAUAGACUCAAAUGUGUCAAGUGUUGUCACCUCAACCGUUCCUUUUGGAAGCUUGUUCCAGUCCCUGAUUGUCUUUGGCAGGAAUGAGCAGUUGCUGAAAAGGGUUCUUGCUGUUAUGAGCCGGAACUGCCUGUCAUGGCCCCAUUGUUGUUAAAGGGGAGGAGGGAUGAGUUUCUGUUUAAUGUUGACAGCCCAGAAUUUUACUGGGGAAAAAUUCAUGGUAAAGUUAUUUUAAAUAUCCACAGAUUAUAACAUACCCUUGCAAUUGUCUAUUUUCACUCACAUUUACAGACUAUUACCCUUGUUGUUUUUUUCACAGCCGCUGGAACAGCCCACAAAACCAUCUGCGCUUCAAUACACUUAAGUGCCUGAGAGAAGUUCUACAUGACUCGACAAAACCGUUCUACUCUCAUUAUGGGGCUAUUAUGACUUUGAUAGCCCUUGGUCAUAAGGUAUGUUUUAAACAAUAUAGCUUAAAUAAAUAUAGGCCAGGGGUACUCAAACUUUCGGGUCCGCUGGGUUUUGGACAUGGUCGAAGGCCAGACUCACCGCCCGGGGCUUUCCCCUCUGUGCCUUCAUGCACAUGCUCAUUUGCACUUACGCAUAUAGAGGGUUGGAAGGGGUAGGAAAAUAUUACUUUUUUUAGGGUGUGUAAUAUUGUGAACAUUAAUAUUUAAAAUAGGCCUUGACUAUUUCAGUGAGUAGGUGCCCUCAAUCAGUUUGCUUGCAUUUAAAUAACAGUUCAAUAAUUAAUAAUGAUGUCUUAAAAUCAAUACAGCAUACACACAAUUUAUGCAAUUUAAACUAAAAUUAAUACCUUCCAAAGAUCAGUGAAUGAUUUAUUCUCUUUUAGUCAAAGAACAAACAAAUUACAAAGCUAAAUGAGUUUGUACUCACUUUAAAUUUGAAUUAGUCUUUGCUGUGAUCACUCCAAACUUUGGUCACUUGAAACUGUUCUGGCGGGUGACUUUUAUUGACGCACUAAAUAAUAAUUAAUCUCAAAUUUCUUUCAUCUUAAACUCUCACUUUUGAUAGAUUAACUUAACUUUAUUAUUCGUUCAUAGCAAGUUUAAAGAAAAGUACGUGGAAUUAUUGAAAGUGGUCAUAAACAAGGGUAUGACAUUAAGACGAGUCAACUUUUGUGUGGUAGUAGAGCUAAUCAUAGUGCACCAAAUAGUACAAUUUUAUUUUAGUUCUACGCAUGCAGUGGCGUAGCGAGGGUGUUUGGCGCCCGGGGACAAGAUUCGCGCCCUGGGACAAGAUCCAUUUUUAGCGCCCCUUUUUCUUUUUUUCAACUCUCAAACCUAUUAUUUUCAUCAAUAAAAUAAUAUCAAAGCACAUUUUGGCGCCCCUAACUAGCUGGCACCCGGGGACAUCUGUCCCCCCCUGCCCCCACCAUGCUACGCCCCUGUACGCAUGUGACCUCUCAGUCUUUUAUUGAAAACUAUUAUUUUGCCUAACAAUUUCGGAAAUCUUUUAAAUGGCCUCACAGGUCACAUUUGGCCCGAGAGUCAGACUUUGAGUACCCCUGAUAAAGGCUUUGCAAUGUCAUUAUUGUCUAAUUCAGUUUUGACUUUUGAUCAUAAUAACUACCAAAUACCACCCAUAAUUUGUGGCUGUGAAAUUCAUAAAAUAAAUGUAUUUCUUUUUGUGACUUGUAAUCCUCAGGCAAUAGAAGAUAUAAUUCUCCCUUAUCUCCCAGCCUACUGGCCCCAUCUCAAGUCUGCAAUAGAGGAUAAGACAUCUGAAAAUUCUGUCAACAAAACAGACUCAUACAAAGUCCAUGGGGCACUUAGGGUGGGUGUUUAAAAAAUGGCAACAUUCUGGAUUUUUAUUUGUUUGUGUGCAUAGCAGUAAGGAAAAUAAGCCUGUGAAGUGCACUGAUGUAGCCCUUAUUUGUGUAGUUGUCCAUUCUCUAAAACUAUUGCAGUAUGAAAUUUCUCUUGUGUGUUUGAUUCAGAACCUGCUUUCCUCUGUGUUCAUACUACUUCCUUGUCAUGAUGUGGACCUCAUAGCGACCCUCAAGUGGCUGGAUUUUUGAAAUUUUUGCCUAUUCCAGUAAUUAUGGAUUUCCUUGCACAGACUGACCCCAAACAUGAUGAUCCUCUAUAGUAUUUGAUUAAUAAAAUGACCAAAACUAAACCAGUUGAUUGUGUAGACAGCCAGGAGUCAGCAGGUGAUGGGCAGUCAGUGAAUCCUUCUUGGUUAAUGUGCUUAAUGAAUGAAAUGUUGCCAAAUCAGCAUUGUGCUGUCAGUUCAAAUGCAAAAUCCAACAUAUGUUAUUUAUGGCAUUGGUAGAAUAUCUAUUGUACUGGUAAUAAUUCUGGGUAGGAAGAAAAGCCACAGCAAACCUAAGUAUAAACUGGAUCAAGAUUGAUGGAUCCAUUUUUGUUCCAAAUAAAUUUUAGAAUUAAGACAAUACUUUUGAAUUAUUAUGAACCUCCUUUUUAAAGGUUUGUAUCGUAACGUGAAAAGAUACUUGCAAGCAUAGAAAAAAAAAUUAAUUACUACAAGAGCAUUAUUGCAUGGAACUCAACAUCUUAAAUGGUGUUUUGUUUUCUGUAAGGAAAAAACACCAGGAUUGAAUGGUUUUAAAAAAUGUAUUAUAAUGAUUGGGCUAACUUAGAGGAUUUAAAAAUAUAUUAUUUUAUAAGAUACCUGUAAAUAAUUUGCUACAAUGAGAUAAAUUAUUUACAACAGUAAGAUCAAUAAUUUACUACAAUAAAAUCAAUAAUUUAUUACAAUAAAUUAAUAAUUUGCUUCUGUGAAUGAAGGAUGAUGCCAUAAAAUGCAUUAACUUUUAUACAACUAAUGCUUGGAAAGAAAGAUCUUAACAUUUAGAUAUCCAAUAAUUUUUAUAGCUAGCAGCUGAGAAAAUUAUGCGCAGGCAUAUACGUAGGUUCCAAGACUCAGCCAUGAGCCAAAAAGAGAGAGAAGAGGUUUGUGAGCUGCUCAAUGAAACAUUUACCGAGGACCAAAACAAUGUCUCUAAUCCAACCAAGAGUUCAGCUCAUGGCGGCAGUGAGGAGAAGAAUGCCAAGGAUAUAUAUGGGGUAAGUGGGCUGUGACUUUAUGUUAGGAUACAUAUGGGGUAAGUGGGCUGUGACUUUAUGUUAGGAUAUAUAUGGGGUAAGUGGGCUGUGACUUUAUGUUAGGAUAUAUAUGGGGUAAGUGGGCUGUGACUUUAUGUUAGGAUAUAUUUGGUGUAAGUGGGCUGUGACUUUAUGUUAGGAUAUAUAUGAGGUAAGUGGGCUAGGAAUUUAUGUUAAAUAAUAGAAAAUAAUUUGUUUAUAUUUUUUUUAUUAAAAUAUUAUGGCAGCCAUGGGGUGCAGUUGUGCUGGUGUCGGCCUCAUAGCCAAGAAUUAGUGGAUUUGUAUUGGUCCACAGUUGUCCACAGCUAUAUAUUAUAAAUGGUUGGGUGGAUGCCCAUUGAUGCAACUUUUCAUGGGGAGUAGGAGAACUUGAGUAAAAACUCUGCUGAACUCUUAGCAGGGCAAAAAUUGCUUGCUCAAGUCAGAAGUACAAAUGACAGUACAAGUCAAGAAUAUUUGCAAUCUUACCAGAUGCGUUACAGCUGUUAAAUUAAAUCAGGAUAGAACAAAAAAUUAAAAAUUCUGAAGGGUAUUUAUGACUUGCUAUAAAAAAAAAAUGUAUGAUUUUUAAGAAGUAUUGAGUUUUUCUCAUUUUAACUUCUGAGCUACAGUUAUUAAUGAAUGUUGGUUUAUCAUCUAUUUACUUAAAAUUAACUGAAUUCUUCAAAAAUAACCCAGCAGCUAAUGCAUUUCAGCAAUUUUACAUAACGUAUUUGCCUUUUGCCAGGAACUCUACGAAUACUUUGGUGACAGCCUGGCACACUGCCUGCCGAUAGUUGAAACUCAUCAUGUUUAUAAGCCACAAAAAAAGGAGCUGUUGGUUAGCCUGGGAGACCACAACUCUGGAAAAAGUGGGGAACAACUUCUGGACAACUUAAUGGAACAAAUAAAAUUACAGGUGAGGAGUGAUGUUGUUUUAAAAAGUUUCAAAAUGUAGACAUAAAAACUGCACCCCUAGGUAUUGUUUGAAUGAUCUCGUAAAGCGAAUAACAGGUAUUUAAUGCCUCAUGAAGUCAACCUAUAACAAUUAAGGUAAUCAAUUCAGGCACCUUGACCACAAAAUCUUACCGUUGUGAAAUCUAGUAAUAAAGAAACCAAUAUUUGAAAAAAUCUAAUCUAUUACUACAGUGAUAUUUGAUGUUUGGAAAGGGAUUGCAAAGUUUAAGACAGUUCAUUAUUGGCCAUUCCAAGCAAAUUAUAGACUGAAGAUAAGAAUCCUUCUCGGGGCAUCAGUGUAUACAAACCUUCUGGCCCCUUCAUUUAAAAUAACUUUUCCUUGCACCCCCUGAAAUACUGCCAUAAAUAUACAAGGUGGUUCAAAAACAUUAAUUAUCUCGUCUAACUCAGCCCUAUGGCACAUUUUGCUUUUGCUCUUAAAAGACCAAAUAUAAUGUAGUAUAAAAUUUCUUAAAUAUUCACUCAGAUGAUUCACAUUAUAGGUUAGUUCAAAAUCUGAUCUAUAAGGUCUGACAAGAUCUUGAAUCUUUCAUCAUAAUUUCAUGAGAGAACUUAUAAGUUUAAAAGAAUAAUGUUUUUUUAAACAGAGUAAAAGUCAGUGAGGUUGGUUAAGAAUCUUUCUUAAUUUACUGUUCAUUUUUGUUAUUCAUUCCAUUCUUUUCAGUUUGUUCCAUUUACAUUUUUUCUCUGGCAGUUUAUUUGUGUAUAAACUAGACUCCUUUCGAAUUAAAAAAUUAACAUUUUCAUUUUUUGUUUAUUUACAUAUUUCCCUAAUGAAACUUGAUUUCACUCUCAAGUAUAGAGUUAGCCACCAUACACUGAAAAUUACAAUAUUUUCAUAACCAGCCAUUUAAAAAAAAAAAGAUACUAAUGGAACCAAAAUUAGGAUAAUUUAUCUGUUAGUAAUUUAUACAACUUUUUACGAUUUGUAACUAAUUAAAAAAAAAAAUUUUAAUAAUCAUUCUAGCUUAAUUAGUUAAUAUAUACUAAUUACGUAAGGUAUAAUUGAAUAUAUCUUGUAGACUAUUUAUUUAUUUAUUUGUACUUGUAAUAUAGAUAUCAAUCAAGUCAUUCAUAUUCUCAAUAAAUCUUAUGUAAUAAAUUUUAUAUUUUGUACUAAUAACGUGAUGCAAUUUGUAUAUAGUUAUAAAUUGUUAUUUCCAUGAUGAACUUUUGUUCAGGAAAAACUAGAGCAAGAAAGGAGAGAAAGAGAACUACUUGAACAAAAAGAGCGUGAGAAAAAGGAGAGAGAGCAAAGGGCAAGACAGGCAAUAGAGCAGAUGAAACGAGAAGAGGAAGAAAGGAAAAAGAGGCUUAGAAGAGAGGAGGAGGAACAGAAAAGGAAACGCCUAGAGAUGGAAGAGUCUGAAAGACAGAAGAGACUUAAGGAGGAGGAGGAGAAGCGUCUGAAAGAGUGGGAUGAGCAGAUCAAAGAGUUGAACAAAAAUAGAUUAAAACCCCAGGUAAACAUUAGUCUGUCAUAGGUCAUCAGAUUAUGACGUAAUCAUUUGUUUAGUUUUUCUUUUUUACCAUUUGACCCUCAUGCUCACAUAACAAAAUAACAUUUCUUUUCAUUUUUUAUCAUUCAAAAAUUUAAUUUAAAUUGAAUAUAUUUAUAGUCAUUAUGUUAAAUUCCAAUAAUUUGUAGCAUACAUUACUUUUUGACUUAAAGAUGAGCUUUGUCACUUAUACCUUUAAGAAUCUUAAAAUUAUUGACCAAAUCAAGGAAUCAAAAGAUAUCUUAUUUAGUCUCCUUGGAACUACAUUGUUCAAGAAAACAAUUAUCUUUGAAAAAUAUUUUCCUUCAUGUUUAAAUUAUUUUUUUAUUAGUGGCAGCAAGAAAUUGAAUUGCGUCGCUUGCAGUUGGAAGAAGAAAUUCAGUACAGUAAGAAACUUGAGGCCAAAAAACGUCAAGAGAAGAAAGAAAGGGCUAGACAGGAAGAAGAAGAGGAGAAGCUACGAAAGCAGAGGGAAGUUGAGGAAGAGCUAAAGAGGAAAGAAGAAGAAGAUGAGCAGGCCGGGCGAAGCAGGGUGGGUCUGCGGCGGAGGAAACCUGUCAACUACACGGAGAAAGAUGAGGACAUCUCCGAUUUGUUUGAGGACUCGAAAAGGAAAGCUGCCAAAAUCCCUAGACUCAACCCACCUUUGCCGCCUCACUCUGAUAUUUCUGAUGACUCUGAUGGAGAUCUGCACCAGAGGUUAGGGACUGGUCUCAUGAGUCCUGCGUCUGCUGAGGCCAUGGCCGUCAGUAAAAUGAUCGACCCAGCCAAAGGCUUGCUGAAGAUUAAGAUAAAACGGCAGUCCACCUUUGCAUCUACUCCGCCUCACCCCAUGUCCGCCACACCUCAGCACAUGCCACCAGCGUACAACUCCCCAUCCAUGAUGAGCCCGAUUUACUCACCCCACUCGGGGUCCCACUCAACCCCUCCUCCGCCCCCUGUCAUGGCGUCCUACUCUCACAAGAGCUCUUCUGGCUCCGAGAAGGAGACCAAGACCAAGAGAGGCAGCACCAGCAGUAAACAUUCACGGGCAGGAAGCACCGGAAUACAGGAUAUUUCUGAUCCAGAGGAACCUCUCUUUGAACCCCCGCUUAGCAGCAUUCCCUUGCAGCUCUAUUCACCUGGCGCUGAAAGCAGCGGCUCAGACUCAAAUCCUCAUCGCAAAGUUCUGAAGCUCACCCUCAAACUGACACCAAAGGACUCUGCUUCUGAGUGAAUUCACAGAAUGUCAGUGCUGCUUUUUUGUGUGUGUGUAAAGACAUGUUACUUUGGACCAGGGUGUCUCAAACUGGUAUCAUAUCCUAACACUUGAGAGUAGUUUCCAUAGGCUGGUUGUUUACUUAUGCACAUUAUUCAUGAUAUAAUUC